GCAUUUGACUCAUCUGCGUUUGGUGGCUUCACCUGCAGCAUCCAACUCAGUCAACAUGAUCUCUGCCAAUCCUUUCCAGAACCUUCUGCCAACUCUACUGAUGUGGCUGCUGAAUAUCAAGACCUGCUCGGCUCAACAGGAAAACAAUACGAGCACAACGGAGUAUUACUUCGAUGACAUUAACCCCUCCAGCAUUGAUUAUACUGGAUAUGUUGAGUUGUGUGUGAAAGAAUCCAACUAUAAGUUCCGCCUCUGGUUCAUGAAUACCUUCUACUCCAUCAUCUGCAUUCUGGGCCUGGUGGGGAACUUGCUGGUGAUCCUCACCUUCUUCUACUUCAAGCGUCUCAAGACCAUGACUGACGUCUACCUGCUCAACUUGUCGUUUGCAGACUUGCUCUUUGUCCUGUCGCUACCGUUUUGGGCGGCUAACUCCACGUCGGAAUGGCUGCUGGGGCUGUUCGUGUGCAAAGCCAUUCACACGGUCUACAAAGUCAGCUUCUACAGCAGCAUGUUGCUUCUCUCUUUAAUCAGUGUGGACAGGUACUUCGCCAUCACCAAGGCCGUCUCUGCACACCGCCAUCGCUCCCAAGCAGUGCUUCUCAGCAAGGUGACAUCAGUUCUGGUGUGGGCGGUGGCGCUGAUUUUCUCUGUGCCAGAAAUUGUUUACACCAGUGUGAAUAACAAAACAUGCACACCGUUCUCCAGUAGUUCCGACCCGCUACGUGUUGGCAUUCAGAUCAGCCAGAUCAUACUGGGUUUUGUCGUUCCACUCCUUGUCAUGAGCGUGUGUUACAGCAUUAUUAUUCAAAGUCUUUGUCAAACUCACAGUUUUCAACGGAAUAAGGCUAUUAAAGUGAUUCUUGCUGUGGUGGCAGUCUUCCUGGUCUUCCAGACGCCUUACAACGUGGUCUUAUUUUGGACCACAAUCGUCACAGCCAAAGGAGGAACCACAGACUGCCAAUAUGAGAACAGUCUACUCUAUGCCACUGAUCUUACCCAGGGUGUGGCUUUUCUGAGGUGCUGCCUGAACCCCUUUGUCUACGCCUUCAUUGGCGUGAAGUUUCGUCAUGACCUGCUGAAGCUGUUGAAGGAUUUGGGUUGCAUGAGCCACGAAAGGUUCUUCAAAUAUACCAGGAGCAGGAGGAGCUCAGGAGCCACAGACACAGAGACCACCACCACAUUCUCCCCCUAAAACCAGACUUCAGCACCGACAAUCAUCUGCGCAGACCUACGAACAACACAGUGGACUGUUCAACAUCAGGAUAAAACCCCAAAGCAAAGCAGGUGCUACAGCAUCUGUACAUAUUGUAGCACAUUUUAAAUGCUUUGUCUUUCAUCUUUUUAAAGUGUUUUACUUGUACAUCAAGAACAAGCUAUAGGGGAAGUCAUUACAACACAUAACCCUUGCUACGGUCCAAAACACCCCAUCUUGCAGUUUUUUAAAAGGUAUUUCAUAUUUUUGUUACGUCACUUUAUCAAGUUGCUACAAAACAUUUUCCAUCCCAAUCAUAGGAAACUUCUACGACAUCUUAGAAUUAAAAAAACAAAAACAAAACAAAAACUAAAAAAACUGUGGCCACAUACUCUACUUGUUCUCACUCUUUAUACAACCCCUGGCAAAAAUUAUGGAAUCACCGGCCUCGGAGGAUGUUCAUUCAGUUGUUUAAUUUUGUAGAAAAAAGCAGAUCACAGACAUGACACAAAACU